GUAUCAGUAUCAGUUACAGUAUACACGAUGCCACUUUAUGUUUUUAUAACAGUGACACAGUUCUAUAAUUAAAGAAAACAUAAAUCGAUAAACGGUUUACUAGCGUGUUUUCUUUUCUGUGUGUAAUUCGACAAGCUCACGUAUACGAAAUUCCGGGCCUAUUGUACGUACAACUUACGAGUAUCAUAAUGGCAAGUUGUCAAUGCAGUAUUAAUGCGUAUGCAUAUUAAUAAUUGCUGUCCGGUUAUGAAAAUACAAAAAUCAAACUUAGAAUUCUAUGGCAAUAUGGUUUAUGUAUCAUGCCGGUGGUACGUACGUCUGGAAAACAUUAAUCUCAAUGGAUGCAAGUUCUACCGUUGAAAAUCAUCAGUCUGACCGUGUGAGGUUAUAAACUUCGGAUAAAGGGAUGUACGAUAUGGCAGCGGAACUGCUCAACAGUACACUUUCAUCGUUGCUGGCGGACAACAAUUCUCUGGAUGCUAAUGCAACUGCAGCGUCCGUGGCAGCAGCUCCCGUAAAUGACGGUGGACUGAGUGUUUACUAUCCCUACACGGUGGCGCAAGUCCGGAAAGCGUAUUAUGUCAUAUAUAUUUGCUAUCCCUUUCUGUUGGCGUUGUGUACGGUGGGAAAUGUUCUCACGAUAUUUGUACUUGCUCACACCAAACACAAAGGUAGCACCAACACAUAUAUGAUGGCGGUUGCUGUGGCCAAUUUAUUUAUCUUAUGGCUCUACAUGCCCACCUAUAUUUAUAAUAUUGUCAAAAAUCUCCCGUACCCAUGGGUGGCAAAUUUUUUGUUUCACUUUUUCCAAUUUUUCGGACUUGAAAACUGGUGGAACGACAUCUUCGUUCAUUUAUCGGAUUGGACUUUAAUAAUAUUUUCCCUGGAGCGUUUACUGGCCGUCACCAAUCCAUUUCUCUUCCAAAAGCUGAAAGGCAAUGUUUAUCCUAGAGUGAUUGUCGUGAUUCUGUUCAUACUGUCCGCCACGGCAUCCAUCUACGUUGUUUACGAUUACUAUGCCUUUUAUUAUCCCAAUAAGGAGUGGGAUCGGACAAGUGUGCCGAUCUAUAAGCGCUCGUCGAGUUACAUGGAAUGGAACAGGGUCCAGAAAACAUCGGAGGUUUCGAUUUUUAUUGGUCAGUUUUUCGCCCUGUUGAUCAUCAACUCCUUUAUCGCUGUGGUGGUAGUGCGCAUCUCCCGUGGUGUGCACGUGGGCAACGACAAACUGACCGUUGUCGCCAAGUCUGGUGACAAGAAGCGCGCCGCUCAGAAGCAGCGCAACAGUGUCUACCUUCUCCUGGGCAGUGUCGUCCUGUAUCUUAUAACGCAAUUCCCGACACUGAUCCACAACAUCUUGGCCAUUGCCGACGAUCAAUUCCAGACUUAUGAUUAUAAACUCGGCGCGCGCUUAGUCGCCCAGCCAUGCGUAUUGAUGGCGCAGUAUAUCAACUACGCGGCCAAUUUCCUCAUUUACAUGACAGUCAGUCAGCAGUUUCGCGCGCAAGUCGCCGACGUCUUCGGACAGUACCGAUGUGGACGCUGGAUGCAAACGCAGAAAAAGAGAUUUUUCCCACCCAAACCACCGGUUCCCAAACCCAUAAAAUCCCAAACGACAAUGAAGACGAUGACGUUGUCGGAGCGACUGAGUGGACUGAAACGCGCUGAGAAGCAUGAUGAAGGACGUCGCGGCAGUAUCGACAGCCUGGAAUCGACAAUCUCCGACGUGGACAUGGCGUCGCGGCCCGCCUCUGUCCUCCCCUCGCGGCGUGGGACCAAUACGGUGAAGAAGCGCCCCAAUGACGUCACAGCCGUUGUGUUGACGGAGAGCGCUCGUAAACUAGAAACGGGCGAAGCAUCCGCGAUCCAGAUGCAAACCCUGGCUCCAGGAAAUUUCCAGUUGAAGAAGACCAUGUCGGCGCCCCGUCCCGAUUACGGCCACAGCACAGCCCCCACCUCACCCACCACCAAGUCACCGGCCAAACUCGGCGCACUGCUGCGCUCGUUCUCAUUAACCGAUCAGACACCACCCGCGGGAUUCAUCGUGGAGAGACCGGAUUCGCGGCGCGGCAGUGUGGACAGCGCCGAAUCCGAUCGCACCAACGUGGACAUGCUGUCGCAGCCGGCAUCCGCGUCAAAUUCCCGUCGUGGGACCAACACUAUGAAAGUCAGUCCGCAGACGACGGUUAUCGGGCUAGCGGAGUAUGUGCGCCGCCUGGAGGAGCAGCGUGUAUCGUCGGAAUCGACGGCGAGCACCGUAUCGGGUGCUGAAAUGGAGAUGGAAGAGAAUAUGGCGUAUGGGGAAAUGCCGCAUAAAUCAGACAUUCGCAUUACACUGUCGGAAGAUCGCGGUGAAAAUGACAUACGCCGAGCAAGCAUUCCUCCAGAUGUCGUUGUAUUGCAAGAUACAGUUAACAGUGGUGAUCAUGAUCCGGAAAGGCCACCAAGACCGGAUGUAGUGCGCAACAUCGAAAACCUCGUGACCGACGACAAAAAUUCUUUAAAGGAAGUUCGACGACUACCCGCCGACUCCGUCGCUAUAGUCAAUGAAAAUUAUGAACCGGACCAUGUGAAGAGGCCGCUACAUCAAAUCCCGUCCAAUCACAAACGGCGGGAUUCCCACGUGACCUUUAACACACAGGCCCACAUUAAAGAUGAGACGCUCGACCCGGAACACCGCGUAACUGUGGUGGAUAUCAGCCACAAUUCUGCAAACGCUGAUUUGAAUUCCCAUGUAAGGAAAGAAAAUGUACCGCCGCGAGACUCCAAAGCGUUAAAUUUUCGUCCGGUUUCUUCUGGCGAAAUGAUCACGCAGUUGUGAAUAGGCAUUAUAUUGUACAUGUGCUGGUUGUGAACCAAGUGAAGAGUGGAUAACGAUUCCGUUUUGAAGAUUAUUCCUAGAAGUAAAUGUGGUGUUUACAUAAAUUUUAUAUAGCAAGCAUGAAUCGACGAUUUUUCCUGGGAAAAGCUAUGUUUUUAUAUUUGUACGCGCACGCAAGUUCUUCUGCAGUGCCAGGAAUUAAUACUCUGUGGUCUGUA